GAUUGUAAAAAUUUGUCCUUUGAUCGAGUUUCGGAAAUAAAUUUUGUACCUAUCGGAACAUAUCUAGUCGUAAAGCUAAUGAGACUGGAUCACAAAAUGAUACCAGAUUUUUUCAAAAAGGAUGUAGGGCCACUGGAAGCAGUUCGAAAUCAUUUUGAAGAGCUGAUGGAAGGUGAAAGAAUCUGGAAUUGGCUCCCAUAUAUCGUUUGUGUGGGCUAUCAUGACAAAACGGAAAUUAGACAAGAAAUAGCAAGUGCAUUUGACAUUCCAAAGAGCACACUGUCCAAUUGUAAAAAUAUUAAUGAAUACACAAAGACAGUGGACAAAAAUGAACUCGCUCCGAUGUGGUCACAUAAAAAGAAUCUAGUUAAAACUGAAGACAACAAGAGAGAAGGAAACGUGAUCGUGUUUUGGCAUAACUUUCUUUAUAUAUGCGCCUUUCAUGCAUGCUACAAAAAGUAUCCCCAGAAGAUAAUGCGACAUUGCAAUCUUGAUGCAAUCCUGCAAUUGGUUCGCCCUAAGAAUCAGUCUGAAGCUCUCACCAUUGAGGCAAGCAAUGAAGAAGUAGACCUGUUUUGCGAAGAAAGAUUAAGUAAAUUUGGGAAUGACAGCCUCUUUUUGGAACAUCCGUUAUUUCAAGAUGGGCAAAACGGAAAGGAGAAAUACACAGAACAUCUUGAGCUUUCCGAGCUUAAUUGGCAGAGAACUAAUGCUUAUGUGACUGCAAACU